ACGAAACCCACAUUAAGUUCCAGAACAAAGAUGUCUGGACUCAAGACGGAAUUCGAGGAUGAAACCAACAUCAAGGGUAAAAUUUCUGGAGAUGAAUCCGAAGAUGAUUCAUUUCAACAAUUGGAGAAGGAACUUGAAGAAGCUUCUGAACAAUCAACUUCAUUGAAGACUGAACCACCUUCUUCAAGAGGUGAAAAGCGUCCAAGAGAGGAAGAAGUAAAUGAAGAACCUCAAGCUAAUGAUGACAAUGAAGUGGAUGAAGAAGACGACGAUGAAGAAGACGAAGAGGAUGAAGAAGAGGAAGAAGUUUCCUCAAAGAAGAGAAAGAGAAGAAGAGCCAAUCAGUUCAUUGAUAUUGAAGCCGAGGUUGACGACGAAGAAGAAGAUGAAUUGGAUGAAGAUGACGAAGAAGCUGAGCUCUUACGUGAACAAUUCAUUUCUGAUGACCACAGAGCAGAUGCUGCAGAUGGAAGUGGAGAACCAGGCGAUGACCGUCUCCACAGACAAUUUGAUCGUAGACGUCAAGAGGCUGAAGAUCAAGACGCAGAAAAAUUGGCAGAAACCUUGAAGCAGAGAUACAGAAAGACACAUACUGUUUAUCGUGGUGACACCACUGCCAGUGGUACUGUAUCACAGAAGUUAUUGAUGCCUUCUAUUAACGAUCCAGCAAUUUAUGGUAUCAGAUGUAUUCCUGGACGUGAAAAGGAAUUAGUGAGGAAGUUGUAUGAGAAAAAGAGAACAUUAGCUAGACUGCCUAAUCCAUUGGAUAUCUUGACAGUUUUCCAACGUGACUCUUUCAAGGGUUACAUCUAUAUUGAAGCCAAGAAACCAGAAGCUAUUGAAAGAGCUCUUGCUGGUAUGGUUAAUGUUUAUGCCAAACAAAGAAUCUUGGUUCCUGUCAGAGAAUACCCAGACUUGUUGAAACAAGUGAAAUCUUCCGAUGUUGAGUUAGUUCCUGGUAUCUACGUCAGAAUUACUAGAGGUAAGUAUAAGGGAGAUUUGGCCGUAGUUGAUAACUUGUCUGAAAACGGUUUGGAUGUUCGUUGUAAGUUAGUUCCUCGUUUAGAUUAUGGUAAGAAUGACGAAUGGGAUAAAGAUGGCAAAAGAAUUAAGCUGAAGUCUAAGCCUAUGCCAAGAUUAUUCAAUGAACAAGAGGCUAGAAUGUACGAUGGUGAUUAUUUACAACCAGGACGUGGCCCAAGAGCAUUUGUGUACCGUAAUGAAGAAUACUACGAAGGGUUCCUUUUCAAAGAUUUCAAAUUGAAUUUCAUUCAAACCAAAGAUGUGCACCCAAGAUUGGAAGAACUUGACCGUUUCCAAACUGGUAGCGAAGAAGACGGGUUGGAUUUGACCGCAAUUGCCGCUUCUUUGAAGAACAAUAGAGAAGGUGCUGACAAAUCAAGUAGCAGUGCUUUCCAACCUGAUGACAAGGUUGAAAUCCGUCGUGGUGAACAAGCCAAGACAAUCGGUAAAGUGUUGAGCACGUCGUUGAACGAAGUGACUAUAACUGUGACCGAUAGUGGAGAUCCAAAGUUUGUAAAUCAAAAAUUGACCGUUCCUGCCAGUGACUUAAGAAAGGUCUUUACUGCUGGUGACCAUGUGAAGAUCAUUGAAGGUAAACAUAUUGAUGAAACCGGGUUGGUUAUUAAGAUUGACAAUGAUUCUGUUGUUUUGUUGAGUGACCAAACCAAGGAGGAUGUGAGAGUCUUUGCCAAUUACCUUAUCAAGGCAACCGAUACCUCAGCUCUGGGCCACGACGCUCUUGGUGGUAAAUACGACUUGAAGGAUCUUGUUCAAGUCAAUGCCCUGACAGUUGGUUGUAUCGUUCGUGCUGACAAGGGAAUAUUUGAAAUUUUGAGUCAAGAUGGAAGACUCAUUUCAUUGAGACCGUCAGGAAUUGCCAGUAAGUUAGAAUUGACUCGCCGUGAACAAAUUGCUACCGACCGUAAUGGUUCCACCAUCAAUGUUGGUGACACUGUGAAGGAAGUUCUUGGGGACAGUAAGAGAGAAGGUACUAUUAUACAUAUUUACAAGAAUUCUCUUUACAUUAAGCUGAAUGACAUCAUUGAGAAUUUGGGUAUAUUUGUUACCAAUAGUUUGAAUGUCAGUACUAUCACCACUAAGGGUUCAAUGGUUUCCAAGACUUUGGGACCUGACUUGAACCGUAUGAAUCCAAACUUAAAGCUUCCUGCAGCUGUUGCAGCAAACUCAGGUUUAAGAACAAGAGUAGGAGGACGUGAUAAAUUGAUUAACCACAACGUCGUCGUGAUCCAGGGUAACUAUAAGGGGCUCAUGGGUAAGGCUACUGAUGCUGACGAUGUUUACGUUCGUAUUGAAUUGCAUACCAAAUCUAAAAAGAUUAAGGUGAGAAAGGACCAAGUUAGUGUUAUGAUUCGUGGUGAAUCUAUUCCAUACUUAAGAUUCAUUGGUGCCCCAGGAGGUGGCAAUAGACAACCAAGUAGAACUGGUCCAUCUUUCGGUGGUGUAGCAUCUGGCUCUGGAAAUGGUGGUGGCAGUACUUGGGGUGGAGGCGGAGCUUCAUCAUGGAACAAACCUAGAGGCGGCGCAUCUGCUUAUGCCGGUACAGUUGGAGGUGCAUCAUCCACAUGGGGUGGUGCUGGUGGCCAAACUCCAUCCAUAAGUGGUGCUGGAGGUGCUUCAGCAUGGGGUGGUGGUAAGACUCCAGGUGGAAAUGCAUCCACUUGGGGUAAGACACCAGGUGGAGCUGCUUCAACCUGGGGAAGUGGUGGAGCUGCUGGAGGCAACCUGCAAUGGGGAGCUUCCAAUGGUGACAACUCAACCUGGGGUGGAAAUAAAAACUCUGGAUCAGCUUGGGGUGGUAAUGCUGGAAACAACUCUGGUAACGGAGGUAACUCAACUUGGGGCAGUGGUGCCGCUGGUGGUGGAAACUCCACUUGGGGUAAUAGUGGAGGUAACUCCGCCUGGGGUGGUAACAAGGGAGAUCGUAGUAACUGGGGAGGCAAUUCAGCCUGGGGCUCUAAAUAGCCAUUGUAUAUUUUAAAAUAAAAUAAUAAAGUACGUUUAAUAGAAGGGUUGUAGGUAUUUUUAUUCUAUAUAUGUUAUUAAAUG